UUUAAUGGAACUUUAAGCUGUUCACACUGUUAUUUUGUAGGUUUUACAAAAGAAGAGAAAAUAGCAAGCCAUAAAAAAUUACUCACCCUUCUUGAGAAUUUCCUAGCAGUAUGCUCAUCAAAUAAUGUUGCACCAUUUCUUAUUGAUCAUGUAAUCCUGCAAAGUAUUGAAGAAAAUUCAACAAGACAAAUCACAUCAAAAGAUACCUGUCGUCAUCUUUGUCAAAAACCUUGGAUAUCAUUAGCAGUAUUUGAAAACAACUUAUACCCACACGGACUCAAUAAUCAUAUAUUAAAUUCUCUGAAAGAAGGAGGAAUCAAGUGUAUUGACUUCAGUGGCAAAGAUACACGAAACAUAAAAUUAAAUGGAACUUCAACUAAAACUGUCCCGUUUCAUUAUUUCUUUUCUCGUGAUGACGUCACAAUUCACGUGAUCAUAUUGUAUAACCGAGAAGGACUGGGACUUUGGUUCGGAGCAUUAUCAAGGAAGACUGUUGACAUUUAUAGAUUUACAUUGAAUGAAAACGAAGGACUUCUUGCGAGGUUUUCUCUCUCUACUGCGAUUAUUGAUGGUUUUACGAUGAGAAUGCCUUUUCCUGUCAAGGAGUUCUUAAAGAACCUCGAUAAUUCUCGUUUUUUGCCUUGCAAUCAUACAAGAGCAAGAUUAUUUUAUUCUAAAUAUGGCGAUGAUACAAGUUUUGAAGCAAGAAAAUUUAGAAAAAGAGGCAGAGAAGUCUUAAAGAUAGCCAAGCUUGCGUUAGACAGACUGGAAAUAAGAUUUUGGUUAAGCAGUGGAACAUGUUUAGGAUGGUUUCGUCAGUGUAAUGUAAUCUCUCAUGGAAAAGAUAUGGACAUUGGAAUAUGGAUUAAAGAUUACGAUAAGAGACUCAUUGAUGAAUUUCAAGAAAACGGAUUGUAUUUGGAGCAUUUGUUUGGCAGGAUUGAAGACAGUUUUCAGUUGUCGUUCAGAACAAUGGACGACAUCAAACUUGAUAUUUUCUUCUUUUAUGAAGAAAAUGGCUACAUGUGGAACGGUGGUACUCAGGCAAGGACUGCCAAAAAAUUCAAAUAUAUUUUUCCCAAUUUUUCUCUUUGCUGGACGGAGUUUCUUGACUUGAAAGUAAGGGUUCCUUGUGAAACGUUAUCUUAUGUUGAAGCAAAUUACGGAAAAUCGUGGCCACAGCCAAUCAAGCUAUGGGACUGGAAGAAAAGUCCAUCAAAUGUUUUUGAAAAUGGCAAAUGGAACGAGAAGGAACUUCAUGAUGUCAUUCAAUUCUUCGAAAUUGAAUAAAAGAAUUGCAACUUUCUGAAUUAAUACUUAUUGAAGAUUCGUUCAGUAAGAACAAGAGAUAGCCGACCUCUUCAA